AUGCUCGCUCUACGACAAGGCGCUGCUCGCGCCGCUUUGCGGCCCAUCCAAUUGACCCGGGCGACGAGACGAUACGGUUCGACCGGCGGCCACCAUCACCAUCACGAACAGGCGAGCGCGGAUGAACCACUCGGAACCGGUCUCAUCAUCGCGGUUGCCGGCCUCCCUCUGAGCUGCCUUUUGUAUUUCGCCGCCCGCCGUGGCGAGAACGGCGAGGAGCCAGCCAUCACGAGGUGGCUCCGGAAGUACCAGAGCCUUAACGAGGUCUGGCUUGAGAGGAACACCCUUCACUCUCAGGCCGUCCAGCAGGCCGCCGCCGACAAACUCCUGUUCCUCACUGCCCCCGAACCUCCAACUACGAGCUCCGGUAUCCCGAGGCUCUCCACUCUCACUCUCCUAGAAACGUUGUAG